UGCAACGUCAUAGUCUUCUACGAUCGGUGGUAUUUGAUUCGACUAAUCUGUUGGAUGAAGAGGCCAUCAUGCGCUCACACCCCACCAGUCCCAGCCGACAGAGCUUACCUACGCCGUCAGGUGUACCUACACAAGGUCUACCUAGUCCAAUCCGACCUACGAACGGACUGCCUUUACUGUGUAUACCCACAGACAGGGCUACCACACCGCCGCUAUCGGCAAAGGGCGUUCUGGCAGAGGUGGAAGAUUUGGCCUCAAAGUGUCCCCUUAAAGUCCCAAGUGUUGUAGAGUUGGAGUACACCCGGAAAGCCCGUUACGAGAUAUUCAAAGAAAUGGACAAACGCGCACGCGCCAACAGUGUGCAGCAAAAGGUCAUCCCCAUUGAACAACAGUCCAAGGCAAGUCUGUACCACUAG